GCCAGCCCGCCCUGAGAGCUGCCGCGGGGAGGGGAGGGUGCGCCGAGGAGCGGGGUGGGCUCGCAAGGUGACCGGGGCAAGCGGGCCCGCCGCGGUGUCCCCUCGCAUCCCCCCCUCCCCGGGGCGGUGGGGAACCAGCCACGGCGGGGUCCGAGGGGGGCCCUUCCCGCGGGCUCCUUCCGGACGUGACAGCGGGGAUCGCGCUUUAUUCCCUCAACGCCCCGAAGCGGGCUCUGUCACCUGGCUGCCUUGAAACGGAGGGUGCGCUUUCAGGUUUCGGCAGCGUUGAAGGAAGGACAUGUCACUCCGACGGAGCUCUGCCAGAGGUGCCUUUCCCUCAUCAAAAGCACCAAGUUUCUUAAUGCUUACAUUACCGUAGCAGAAGAAACCGCUUUGAAGCAGGCUGAAGAAUCGGAGAAAAGAUACAGAAGAGGUCACCCGCUGGGAGUUUUAGAUGGAAUUCCUAUUGCAGUAAAAGACAACUUUAAUACAGCUGGCAUUGAGACAACAUGUGCAUCAAACAUGCUAAAAGGAGUGACGUUGUCCUUGUUGGUCCUGUUGAGGGUGGAGAAACCCCUGUCAAUAUUCACAAAAGGAACUGGUUGCUACCUAGAAUCUCAUGUUAUAUUUCUCCUUACAAUGCUACAGCAGUUCAGAAAUUACUGGAUCAGGGAGCUGUGCUUUUAGGAAAAACAAACCUAGAUGAAUUUGCAAUGGGAUCUGGGAGUACGGAUGGGGUAUUUGGACCAGUCAGAAAUCCCUGGAGUUAUUCAAGACAGUACAAGGAAAAAUUUGUCCCAAAAUCCCAUUCUCAGGAUGAAAAGUCUAACUGGGUAAUAACAGGAGGGAGCUCAGGAGGCAGUGCGGCCGCUGUGUCAUCUUUCACAUGUUUUGCAGCCUUAGGGUCAGACACAGGAGGAUCUACCAGAAACCCUGCUGCUCACUGUGGUGUAGUAGGUUUAAAGCCAACAUAUGGACUGAUCUCUCGCCAUGGUCUCAUUCCUCUAGUGAACUCCAUGGAUGUGCCAGGAAUCCUAACCAGAUGUGUGGAUGAUGCAGCAGUUGUGUUAGGUUCACUUGCUGGACAUGAUCCUAAAGACUCUACCACAAUUCAGGACGACUUUAAGCCAUUUGAACUACCCAAUGUGGCUGAUGUCAGCAAGCUCUCAAUAGGAAUUCCAAAGGAAUAUCAUGCGCCGGGGCUUUCUAGUGAAAUUCUGGCUCUCUGGUCAAAGGCUGCUGACCUCUUUAAGAAUGCAGGUGCUAAAGUAAUUGAAGUGAGUCUACCACACACUUGUUACUCAAUUGUCUGCUAUCACGUGUUGUGCACAGCAGAAGUGGCAUCAAAUAUGGCCAGGUUUGAUGGACUGGAAUAUGGACACCGUUCUGACAUGAACAAGUCCACAGAAAGUAUGUAUGCUGCAACACGACGAGAAGGCUUUAAUGAUGUUGUAAGAGGAAGAAUUCUAUCAGGAAACUAUUUCUUGUUGAAACAGAACUACGAGAAUUACUUUAUCAAGGCACAGAAAGUCAGACGUCUCAUUGCCAAUGACUUUGUGAAGGUUUUCAGGAGUGGUGUUGAUAUUUUACUCACUCCUACCACUCUGUGUGAUGCAGUACCAUAUAUGGAAUUCAUCAAAGAAGACAACAGAACCCGCAGCGCGCAAGAUGACAUCCUAACACAGGCUGCAAACAUGGCUGGACUGCCAGCCAUAAAUGUUCCUACAGCUCUUUCAGAGAGGGGCUUGCCAAUUGGGCUUCAGUUCAUUGGACGUUCGUUCCAGGAGAAGCAGCUUCUCACUGUAGCCAAAUGGUUUGAAAAACAAGUAAAAUUCCCAAUGAUCCAGCUAGAAGAAGUGAAGAGGCAUGACCACGAUGCCUUUCAGCAUCAGAAAUCUGCUUCUUUUUCAUAACAUGGGACUUGCUAGUCACCUAAAGUAAGAAGGCUGUGGGGAUGGUCUAAAAAUGUAUUCCUGCAGUUAAUUCUCUUUUGCAGAAACGAUAAUCUGUUUUAAGACGACCAUAUACAGUAAUGCAGGAUGGAAUCAUCACAGCAUGUUACUAUGUACUUAAGGCAAAGAGAAUCAUUAAGUAAAUAUGUCUGUUAUUAGAACCAUUUCUAACUGGUAUUAAAAAAAACAGGUUGAAA